AUGUAUUGCUAUGUUUUGCUUUUGAAUCAAAUUGCAGGCGGAGAUAAUACGUUAUGUGCCGUCUUAGUCAUCAUAAACUCUGUUCUUCAAAUGAUUUUAUAUGCGCCAUUACAAACAUUUUAUUGUUAUGUUGUAACUGGAGGUUCUGUACAGUCGAAUAAUAUGUUAUAUUCUGAUGUUGCAAAAUCAGUGGGUGUAUUUUUGGGGAUUCCAUUGGCGGCAGGUUUUGUCAUAAGAAUUUCAUUUUUAUUACUAGUUGGGAAAAUAGUUUAUGAAAAGAAAAUAUUACCAUUUAUUGGACCAUGGGCUUUGAUUGGCCUUCAUUAUACAAUCUUGAUUAUAUUUAUUUCAAGAGGUAAUGAUUUUAUUAAAGAAAUUGGUUCUGCUUUCCUAUGUUUUAUUCCUUUGACACUAUAUUUUCUAAUUGCUUGGUUUGGAACUUUCUUCUUGAUGAGAUUCAUUACAAGUAGAGAGAUGAGAAAUGAAAAUCCAGGAACUGACAUUGAAGAUUUAAUUAUUGAUGAAUGUGGUUGUGAAAAAAAAUCAUUACUUGAUGAGAAGACAUACGGUAAACCUACAUGUGGUGCUGAUUAUCCAGUAACUGCAACUAUGUGUUUCACUACUGCUUCCAAUAAUUUUGAACUAUCAUUAGCAGUGGCAAUUUCGUUGUAUGGAAAUGGUAGUAAGCAAGCAAUCGCUGCAACGUUUGGUCCAUUACUAGAGAUUCCUGUUCUUUUAUUUUUAUCUCUAAUGUGUAAAUACUUCCAAACAAUUUUUGUGUGGAGAAGAACUGAACAGGAAGAAGAAACUUCAACUUAA